CACACAGUCGCAGGUUUUCGCAUUAGAAAAAAACACAAAACAAAACAAAAGGCUGCAGUUGAAUUCCCUGAUAUUUUCCUUCCGAUUAACAAUCCACCAGCAUCGCGGAGCCAGGAAUACAAAUAUUAAAGGAUCCGGAAAUCCGACAAAAGGAAAGACUCGCAGCCUGGCAGCAACGAGUCGGCCGACACACAGCGGACGGAACAAUUUGCGUCUCAAUCCGCAUCCGUCGAGGCGUAGGAGAACUCCUGGUUUAUUGAAACACCUGCCCCAGCUUCCGCAGCCCGGCCAAAACCAUGGUGGAGCCAAUUUUCGAGUACCAAUUUCGGAUGAUCCUCAUCGGCGACAGCACCGUGGGCAAGAGUUCGCUGCUCACGUUCUUCACAGACGGCAAGUUUGCCGAGCUCUCCGAUCCUACAGUCGGAGUGGACUUUUUCGCCCGCCUCAUCGAGAUGAAGGAUGGUACACAAAUCAAACUACAGCUAUGGGACACCGCCGGCCAGGAGCGUUUCCGGUCGAUCACCAAGUCCUAUUACCGCAACUCAGUGGGUGUUCUGUUGGUGUACGACAUAUCCAAUCAUGCCAGCUUCGAGCACGUACCGCUUUGGAUGAUGGAAGCGCAGCGUCACAUUGAGCCCCAUCGACCCGUAUUUGCGCUGGUUGGCUGCAAACUGGAUCUGAUUAAUGCUGGAGGCCAUCGUGAGGUGACCACAGAGGAGGCACAGAAGUUUGCCAAGCAGUAUGGCCUGCAUUUCGUUGAGACAUCGGCCAGAACGGGCGCAAAUGUGGAGGAGGCCUUCCGCAUGGUCACCCAGGAGGUGUACGCCCGCAUCCGGUCGGGCGAGUAUAAGGCCGAGGAUGGCUGGGAUGGCAUUAAAUCGGGCUUCGCGAGGCCAAACAGUCUGGACUUUAAUCUUGUGGUCGCGGAGCCCGAGAACUCGUCCUGUUGUUGAUUACCCCUGCCCCUGUCAAUGUCGCUGUCCCAGUCCCCGUCUUUGCCCCGCCAUUCUUUUACCCGACUGUGUUUACGUCUACUUGUGUACAUUUAUAUGUAUCUAAUCCGUAAGCCCAGGUCCAGGCCCAUCCCCUUACCCACUUUGUUGACUCUUAUAAUCUUGUUUAAUGGCCUAGUUUAGCUGCAAAACCAAAACAUUUAUAAAGUACUCUUAGUUUCGCUCCUAAGUUAAUGUUAAUUAGAUGACUCAUGGGAAUUGGUUAAUUACACCUUUGUUCCAAAAUUGGUUAAAUCAUUUUUUGUUUUCGUUAGGUUUUUUUUUAACCCUUUUGAUUGGCAGCAAGCCACACGAGAGAUACGUAGUUUCCGAAUUGCUGUGCUCCCAACUCAUUCAACACAUAACUACAUAUACAAAAUACGAUCGGAAAACCUAUACUAAUACUUGAACUUGAAAUAUAAACGUUUUUAUUAAUACGAAA